AUGAUUGCAAAUGGCGCAGAUGGGAAAAUUGAAUUAAGUGAUGAAUUAAAGGUAGCAAUAGCAACUGAAGUUCGCGCACAAAUUGUGCCAGUGGUCAAGGAGAUAGUUCGUGAGGUGGUCACUGAGAUACGAAGUGUGAUGACCGAAGUAAUGGCACCAAUUUAUGAUGAAUUGAAUCGUCUUCGUAGCACCACUACCGCCACCACAAAUGGCGGUAAUGCGAAUGCUUUACAGUUGCAUGCAGCUUCUGCAGUUGGAACUUCAAUUGCAACACCGGCGACAGUUGUUGCAUAUCCAUCUGAGAGCGCAAUUUUAGCGGAAGUUUAUGCAGCAACAAGUAAUGUAGCAGUAAGUAUGGGUGGUACUGCAUGUGCAGAUGCUGCUACAGCUGCUGCAGUUGCUGCACAAAAUGCACAAUUGCAGCAAUUUCUAAAGGAAAAUGCUGGCAGUACUUAUGAUCCAAAUAAAGGUAAAAUGUAUAUUGAAGAUGGCAUUGCUACUAAAAGUCCGGAAGAUUUUGUUGAGCAACCCAGUGAACCGCGUGCACGUGAAUCGACAAGCGAUUGUGCUGCAUACAAUUAUGUUUAUUACAAUACCGCUUCUGCAGUACCAAUUAUGUCAAUGUUGGAACCCGGAAGUAAUACAUGUGUUUGUCAAAAAGUACCCAGUAUAUAUCUUGGUAAAGAAGGUGGCAAAAUUUCAUUUCUUGUUGAUACACGAACAGUACCAUUGAAAGAUCUUACUGCUGAUAAUCUAGGAAGUUGGACAUGUCGUUUUACUGCUCAUAUGAAAUCUCGAAAAUAUAUGGUGAAAAAAGGUAAAGUAAUAGGUUAUGUAAAACAAUAUGGUCAAGUAUAUUCGGUACCGCAUGAUUAUGAUUAUAUCUUGCAUCGUCAAUAUUAUUGUCAUGGUAAUACCAUUGGUCCGGCAACAAUUCGGAAGAAUAUUUGGUAUUUGUCGAAUAAAUUACAUGGUGGUGAAGUUAUUGGUUGUGCUAUCAUUUCCUAUGAAAUUGGUGAUAAUGCAACAGUGAAAAUUUCAAAAUUACGACAACGAACUCUUCUCAAUAAUUCAUCCGAAAAUUUGCGUCUUUUAAAAGCUGAAAUUUCCGCAACACCGGAAGAGAUGGAUGUUAACAAUGUGACAAUGAAUCCAAAUGCGGAAUUGCAACGAUUUGUGAGUAAUAUUCAAGUACCACAGCAGUAA